AUGUCGCAUCUCCCCUCGCGACCCGCCCGGCCUUCAGAUGCGAGGAUGACAAGCCCUUCGAGGUGCCGCCUCUCCGAUGAGGCUUUCGAGACAUACGAGCUCGACCCCGCCGCCAUACACGCUCGAGGUCACCAAGAACGAGUUGAAGAAGAUGUACUACGACAUGGUUCGCCACGCAUGGAAAUCGCCGCCGACAGACUCUACAAGGAGAAGAAGAUCCGCGGUUUCUGCCAUCUGUCGACCGGCCAGGAGCCCGUCGCUGUCGGUAUCGAGCACGCCAUCGAGCGCGAGCACCACCUUAUCACCGCCUACCGCUGCCACGGCUUCGCUCUCAUGCGCGGCGGCACCGUCAAGUCCAUCAUCGGCGAACUGCUCGGCAGGAGAGAGGGUAUCGCAUACGGCAAGGGUGGAUCCAUGCACAUGUUCGCCCCCGGCUUCUACGGUGGAAACGGUAUCGUCGGUGCUCAGGUCCCCGUCGCCGCUGGAAUCGCCUUCGCCUGCCAGUACGAGAACAAGAAGAACGUGACGCUUGCGCUGUACGGAGACGGUGCUUCCAACCAGGGCCAGGUCUUUGAGGCGUACAACAUGGCCAAGCUGUGGAACCUGCCCAUCAUCUUUGGCUGCGAGAGUCGCGUAGAUCUCGAUAACAACAAGUACGGUAUGGGAACCGCUGCCAACCGCUCCUCCGCCAUCACCGACUACUACAAGCGCGGCCAAUACAUCCCCGGUCUCAAGAUCAACGGCAUGGACGUCCUCGCCGUCAAGGCCGCCGUCAAGUACGGCAAAGAAUACGCUGCCGCCGGCAAGGGCCCGCUCGUCUAUGAAUACGUCACCUACCGCUACGGAGGCCACUCCAUGUCCGACCCGGGAACGACUUACCGCACCCGCGAGGAAAUCCAACGCAUGCGCUCCACAAACGACCCCAUCGCCGGCCUCAAGCAGAAACUCCUCGACUGGGGUAUUACCUCUGAGGAAGAGCUCAAGUCCAUCGACAAGCAGGCGCGCUCCGAAGUCGACGCCGAGGUCGCCGAGGCCGAGCAGAUGGCGCCCCCAGAGGCGACGGGCAAGGUACUGUACGAGGAUAUCUACGUACGCGGCAGCGAGCCCGAGUUCUUGAGGGGACGUAUUCCCGAGGAGAACUUUUACUACAAGGAACAUGACAUGGGCGGCGAGAAGGAGCCUGUUGCGAGGACGUCGUAGAUGAUGAUGGAUGUGGGGGUUCUUUUAGAGUGUAAUUCUAUGAAUCAUGCUUCUUGAGAGAGACAUGUAUGCUGUAUUUUGACCGAGUUUGUUCUCUC